AUGGCACAAAACGAAGCUUUACUUGUCCCGCAGUAUCCGGGCGACGAUAUUCGCCCGACGAGCAAAAAGGAGCUCGCAGGAUGGUACAGCUAUGGCUGGGCGGCCGAGGUCUUUGUUGUGUGUGCUAUGGGAUCUUUCCUUCCCAUGACUCUAGAACAAAUGGCCCGAGAUAGAGGCCAUCUCGCAUCCGACAGAAGCCAGCCGUGCCAGCCUAGCCAAAUGGCCGGUAACGACGAGACGAUCCAGGCAAACCGGGCUACACAGUGCGUCGUUGACUUUGCGGGGUUGGAAAUCAACACUGCAAGCUUCGCCAUGUACACAUUCUCCCUCAGCGUGAUGGCUCAAGCACUGUUGAUUAUAACCAUGUCCGGUGCUGCAGACCAUGGGAGUUACAGAAAAUCUCUAUUGGUUGUAUUCGCAUUUGUGGGGUCGAUCUCAACUAUGCUCUUCCUUGCUGUGCCAUCUCAAGUAUAUGCGCUUGCAGCGCUUUUGGCGGUCCUGGCAAAUACCUGUUUUGGCUCCUCAUUUGUGUUACUCAACUCUUUCCUUCCUCUUCUAGUCCGACACCACCCGAUAUUAGCACAGAAAGUCACCGAAGGGCCCAGGAUAGAACAGACGGACGAUACUCUCGCACCUUCGACAGAACCUAGCGUCAAUACGCCGCUACUUCAAUCCCAACAAGCUCCAGAUGGAGCCACUGCAUCCCCAAAUCUACAAAGCAACGAUCUGGGCCAAUCUAUUUCUGCUUUGCAUCUCUCGACACAAAUUUCCUCUAACGGAAUGGGAAUCAGUUAUAUUGGAUCUGUUUUACUUCAAAUAACCUGUAUUCUGGUGGUGAAAGCCACGAACCAAACCACCUUUUCCUUGCGCCUUGUGAUGUUCCUUAUCGGACUCUGGUGGUUUUUGUUUACUAUCCCUUCGACCAUUUGGCUUCGACCCCGUCCAGGUCCCCCGCUUCCUGUGUUAGACUCGGCCAAGGGGCGUCGAUCAUGGUUUGGCUACAUGGCAUACUCCUGGAAGGCUCUGGGGAAAACGGUCAUGCGAGCGCGACGCCUCAAAGAUGUUGGGUUGUUCCUUGCUGCUUGGUUUCUUCUUAGUGACGGAAUUGCUACUGUCAGUGGAACGGCUAUUUUGUUUGCCAAAACAGAGCUUCACAUGCAGCCAGCUGCCCUGGGCCUGAUAAGCGUUAUCGGGACAUUAUCGGGUGUUGUUGGAGCCUUUUCCUGGAGUCAAGUGUCGCGUCACUUUGGUAUUCGCACCGAAAGGACGAUUAUUGCCUGUAUCUGUCUGCUGGAAGUCAUUCCGAUAUACGGCCUGCUGGGCUUCAUUCCUGCAAUCCAAAGACUCGGGUUCUUGGGGUUGCAGCAGCCGUGGGAAGUGUUUCCCCUUGGGGCCAUUUAUGGCCUCACAAUGGGCGGCUUGUCGGCCUACUGUCGAAGCCUCUUCGGCGAGCUGAUUCCGCCUGGAUACGAGACGGCGUUUUACGCGCUCUAUGCGAUUACCGACAAGGGCUCCAGCAUUUUUGGCCCUGCUAUUGUCGGGGUCAUCACCGACCGCUAUGGCCAAAUCAGACACGCAUUUGCCUUUCUUGCUGUUCUGAUUUUCCUUGCCCUGCCGUUGAUGCUCCUGGUUGACGUAGAAAGAGGGAAGCGAGAUGCGAUAGCUUUGGCCGCGGAACUAGAGGAGCGAGAAGAGGCCCACUCAGAGGAUGCAUGA